CCAAAAGCUGAGAUAGGAGAAGUGAGGGCUUGAUGCUGUCCGCUUGCUGCAUGUGGCCUUUGAACCUAUUGUUGUGUCGCGGCUGACGUCAGUGCCGUGUGCGGCAGACUGAGCGGCGUGCGCCUGGCGAGACAAAAGGCGGCGCACCGAGCGGGGUCAGGCGGGCAGCCGAGAAUCACUGUUUUAAGAAGGGAACUCCCAGCUUUAUUUUUUUUUUAUUUUUUGGGGGUGGGGGGGCUCGAGCCACAGUCAUUGACGGUACCGAGAAUGAAGAGUCAACAACUCUGAUAGGAGUGUGCUCUGGCUCCAAGAAAAGGAAAAAAAAAACGGUGCCUUUUUUCAUUUUUAACAGUCUUUUCUUCAACGCCCCCCGUUUAGCUUCUAGUUAGCUGUCGCGCUAAGCUCAUACAGCGCUGCACUGAUCUCCUUCUGUUGCUGCCUCCCGUCUUCACCUCAGGAGCUGGAAGACGAGCGAAAAGGAGACCCGAAAAGCCGGAUAAAUUAAAGGUGAGAUCUAAUAAAACAGGUAUCCGUGAUCUGAUGUAAGAUCCACGGUGGGACCAUGCCUAGCCCUUUAUUCCAUCCCGAGAUUAUAGACCACGACGUGAUGAUCAGCAGCCAGCACGGCGGCGUGGCUCUGCCCCGGGAGACGGACCAGGAGUCCCGGGAUGAGGACCACCAAGAGGCGCUCCGCUUCGCCCUGGACCAGCUGUCACUGAUGGCCAUGGAAAAGGUGGACUGCGUGGACGGUAGCCGAGGAGGCGUCGGGCUUGUGGACACUCUGGACGGGACCCAGGGUCCGGGCUCUGAGAGCUGCAACGGUGUGGGUGGAGGGGGUUUCGUGGACCUCCAGAUGCUGGACCACCCCGGCGGGUCGCGGGACUCGCCGUCGUCCUGCUCCCCGUCCCCGGAAUACUACGGCUCGGGCGGGUACCACAUGGCCGGGUCGCACUCCAUGCUCCACGGGGAACAAAGCUCGGUCCUCUGCAACAGGAAAAGAAGCGUCAACAUGACGGAGUGUGUGCCCGUCCCGAGCUCCGAGCACGUUGCUGAGAUAGUGGGGAGACAAGGUUGUAAGAUCAAGGCUCUGCGUGCGAAAACAAACACCUACAUCAAGACUCCAGUCAGAGGGGAGGACCCAGUGUUUAUUGUUACCGGACGAAGGGAGGAUGUUGAAAUGGCCAAACGUGAAAUCGUAUCUGCAGCCGAGCAUUUCUCCAUGAUCCGGGCAUCCCGCUGCAAAGCCGGAGGUCCUGGAGGAGGAGGCUCCCUACCCGGACCACCUCACCUGCCCGGACAGACCACCAUUCAGGUCAGAGUGCCCUACAGAGUCGUGGGUUUGGUUGUCGGACCAAAGGGAGCAACCAUCAAGCGCAUCCAGCAGCAGACUCAUACCUACAUCGUGACCCCGAGCCGAGAGAAAGAUCCGGUGUUCGAGGUGACCGGGAUGCCGGAGAACGUGGACCGAGCGAGAGAGGAGAUCGAGACCCACAUCACCCUGCGAACUGGGACCUUUGUGGACCUGCAGGGAGACAAUGACUUCCACACCAAUGGCACGGAUGUCAGUCUAGAAGGCCUCAGCUCGUUGAGCGGAGGGCUGGGAGCGUCUCUCUGGUCCAGAGCUACGAGCCACCACUCUGCCCCCCCGCCGUCCCCUCCCCCGUCUCUCCCCAUGUCCAUGCACCACUCCUCCAGCCGCAAGAUGUCCUCGUCCGUCGCCUAUCACACGCACAACGGCGGGAUGAGCUCAGACAACUUCAGCGCCGCCCGAAAGGCCAACGAGGGAGGCAGCCCCACCAGUCCCUUCAGCACGGGCUCCAGCAGCGCCGGAGGUGGAUUCACGUUCGGGGGCGACUCCACCCCAGGGCUGCCCCCCUCAGAGGAGCUGGGCUUCGAGUUCAGCGCCUCCAACAUCUGGGCGCCCUUUGUCAACGGCGGAGCGGGGAGCAAGGCGGCCGGCUCCUCGCAGCAGCAGCCUCUACGUCGCAACAGCAGCGGGCUGAGCGGCGGCGCCAUCACUCCACGCCUGUCUCCGACUUUGCCUCAGGACACGGGGGCGAGCCCUCUGGACCACCCGCUGGCUCGACGCGCCCAGAGCGACCCCCUCAGCACGCUCUCCUGGCUGCAGUCCAGCAGCACGGGAGGCGGCUCCUUCUCGGGAGCCUCCAGCUCCAGCUCCGGCGGCUCGUCCACCGGCUACUCCUCCUGCUCGGCGUCCUCCCUGCCCGGCGGCUCGCCCACCGACUCCGAGGGCGGCGGCGGCGCGGGCCUCAGCGCCGGGAUGCUGAGCCGUCUGAAAAGCAGCUCCGGAGUGGCGGGGCUGGUCGGCAUCGGCCCGGGAGUCAACAGGGACUGCUUUGUGUGCUUCGAGAGCGAGGUGACGGCCGCUCUGGUUCCUUGCGGCCACAACCUGUUCUGCAUGGAGUGCGCCGGGCAGAUCUGCCAGUCGGCCGAGCCCGAAUGCCCCGUCUGUCACACUCCAACCACACAGUGCAUCCGCAUCUUCUCCUAAUGCACUGCAGGGGGGCGGGGUCAAAUAUCUGGGGAGGGUGGGGUUCUGGACAGAAAUGGGAUUGGAGGGCGACACCAGCUGUGGUGGAGGCAGUGGAAGGAUCUACACUAAUAACCUUCACACACUUGAUGAACCAUAAUAAAAAAGCAUUAAUAGAGUUGAUGAUACUAUACGGAUGUUGAUAUAUUGCUGAUAACUGUGGAGAUGAAUGAUAACAGUAAUAAUAAUAAUAAUAAUAAUAAUAAUAAAAAUGACAAUGACUUAUUUUCAGAGGGAAGUUAGUUGGAACUGGUCUGCAGACAGCUGGGACUCAGGCGGUCUCUCAGUGGUGAACUCAUGGAAGGAAACUAGUGUCUUAUCUCUCUUCAGGCCUUCAUUUGGACUCGGAGCAGUCCUGUUUGCAGGCUGCCCGUCUGUCUCCACAUGUCUUCAUUCUGGCUUCUUCAGAGUUCUGCCUGCUUUUUUUUCUCUCACAGCCUUUUUCCUUUUGACACUUUUGUACUUAACAGAUAUUUUUGGAUGAAGUUGUCAACGAGGCCUGCACUUUUCUACUCCUGAUUUUAAUAUUCUCGACCCGAUUCCCUCUCCUCCUCCGAGCUCUCUCAUGCUAUUUUUUAAUUUUUUUGAAGCGGAAAGGUUGCUCUUUUUUUGUAAGCUCAGAGCGUCUGUCUUAUUGUUUGUUUAUUUUUUUAAGGUCGACACGUUGUCAGGCACCUAGCAGAACACUACACCCAAGAGACCUCUUCAGGAUGAAAACUGGUUUCUUGAUGCCACAAAAAUUUAGCCAUCAGUUAAUAAGCCAAAUGAUUGCUAAGAACAAACGUCUCUUUAAUUCUUGAUUGAAUUCAGUCACUGUUUGGAGGGAAUUUGGACGGGUCUGAGCCACGUUUUAACCGUGGCCGUUGAGUAGAUUUCCAGCGGUUGCUCUGUAAUAUGUGAGAACUUCAACCUAUGAUUGUGGUCAGUUCGUAUGUGUGGACUGCCUGACAAUCCCUUUACAUUUCUAAUAUCUCCUGUAUGUGUUUGUGUGUAUGUGAGAGAACGAUGCCCACUCAGCAGCGUCAGCGUGUCAUCACGAGAGGGUCCGGCUUCCAUCCAUCCAUCCGCACUCGUACGUUAUCUUCUCACAUCGCGUGUCUGUUACACUUAGAUCUUCUCGUUUAGUGUUUCUUACUAGUUUAGGACUUUUCAACUGGUGUGUGUGUGUGUGUGUGGCAUAUUUUGAUCUCUUAGGAUAAGAUGGGGCUUUUUCUAAAUGUCGCACAAGAAUGUUAUUUUGUCCAAUACGGUUAGAGGAGAGAAGUCUGCUCCUUCCCUGUUCCUAUAAUGACGAGGGUGUUUGAGUGAACCGUUCUAAGUUUUCCUGCACUGUAACCCUCCUGCCCAUUAUUAUUUUUCUUGUUAAAGAGAGAGAAGAAGAAACAGCUCUUGCUGUUUUUGUUAGGUUUUGGUCUUCCACCCUUCUCUCUCGCAGCCAAGCUGUAAGGCACUCUCUGAGAUGACACACUGUUGUACCCAUAUAGCGCUGUACUCUCGACAAAAUGUAGUGCACUAUAUGGUUUUAGUAGUUUUGAGAUUUGUCCUGUGUUUCAUAGCAUAACUGAGUUACUCCAGUGAGGCAGGUACUUCCUGUUUUGUGUUUGUGUUUUUUAAAAAAAAAAGUUCAGUGAGUUUGCAGUAAUUGCCUCUAAUAGUGUUAAUACGACGUGAUUUUUCUUGGGGGGCGUGGGGUGAUGAGGUCGGCGUGACGGUUGCCUUUGGUGGCCCUUUUUUUUUUUUUUUUUUUACAUUAUGGAAUCAGCUCAUUGAAUGAGAUAAGCCAUGACAACUGAAUUAAAGCAACACACCGAAUUCUCAAGGGCUUCCUCUAACUGCACAGACACAUGACCACAUUUUCAGGCUCACACCGUAGGAAGAAUCAACUUAUCUUUUAUGGCAGCUAGUAGCUAGGUCAUCCAGGGCUUCCAGACACCUCUUUUUGUGUUCCAAUCCCAGCAGCUGCAGAAUGUUUAGCUUUUUUCUUUUUUUUCCUUUGGGUUUGUUUCCCCACCCACCGCCCCAAGUCGUCCGCACACAAUCACGAUCAGAUCCUGUCGGUGCGUAGGGCGCCGCCGUCCCAGCGUGGUGUCCUUCCAGGGCGCUGUGAUGGACGCAGGGUUUGGACACGAUGGACGGGGGUAACAGGGGUAACUUGAUACGAGUACACAACUGGGACGUCGCUGUUUCACGCUUUGAUGCUCCAGUUUGCUUGAAUGCAGUUCAAACUGUUUGCUGCUUUCGGGACAAUGGCACCAGCCAUAUAAAUCUAAAACGGUUCAGGAGCCGAGCUGGUAGUCUUUUUGAAGACGAGUCCAUGGUGCUUUGGUGCAACUCCCUACUGAGUCCCAGAUGAACAAACCUAGUCGUUAGCGGGGCGCCAUUUACUCUCAGAAUAACAUCUCCGGUGCACUGUAGAGUUGACAGCCCUGUUCUCAUUCUUGCCCCCCCACCCCUGUGGGACCGCUGUGUUGAAACUGGCAACAUCCCCUUCCCGUUGGACGCUGUUGGCUUUUUUUAAGCCCUCUUUUUUUCCCCUCUCCUUUCAAACGCAAAACAGAUGCAGGGCUGUAAAUGUGUCUGAACACAUCUGUGAUGACUGGUGUGAGUCUGUUGAGGCCCUUUUUUUUUAAGUGUCCAAGUCGACGUGUUGAAGAUUAAAUUGUGUUGUAUUUGCCAGAUGUGUUUAACGUAAAUCCUGGUGUUGUUCUGGGACAUUUCUGGCCAUUGACAGAAUGUUAGGGUUAAUGUACAGUAAUUUUAAUUGUUCAAAGGUACAAAUGUUUUUCAGAUUGACUGCUUUUUAUUUGUUUUGGGUUAUUUUUUUAAAGCCAAUUCUAUCCCCAUCCCCCAAUUCCUUCCUAAAAGGUUUGAAAACAGGGUUUCCUGAGGCAUGCUAGUCAGUGACCUCUGACCUUUUUUUUUUUUUUUUUUUUUUGUGAUUUGAGAGGGGGUUGCUAACAACCACACCAAUAAGGGGUGACGGACUCCCCCUCAAGUCUUCGCUCUAUUUUUGCUUUAAUUCUCUUUUUUACGCAGAACCAAAAUGUAAAACAUCAGUGACCUAGGUGCCAAGCCUAACCUGUGUGUAAAUACCUGGAUACAAUCAGCAGGAUCUUGUUUUCAAAACACAAAAUGACAUAAUUAAAGAUAAGUGUAGUUUCUAAAGAACAUGUAUCAUUAUUUGUAAGUUAACCAUCUGCAUGUCUUUAAGCCACCUGGCAUUAGCUAAUAAUUUUUAAGAGGAAAAACAAAUGUAAAAAAAAAAAGAAAAAAAACUUUUUACAUGUUUUAUUUUUUACAAUUUAUUUGCUUUCCUAAAUAUCCCAGACAAUAAUGUGACCCCCUUUUUUAUUACUUCAAAUUUAUUUUUAUUUUCCUUUUUUUUUUCUUUCCCUUAUUUUCUGUGUACUACAUAUAGGCAAUUUAUAACAAAAUGAGAAAAUUAUUGAAGAAAUUUUAAAAUUGAAAUAUAUUUUAUUUGAAAGUUUAUGGACCUUUUAACCGUGAGCCGGAGAAAUUGUAUAAUCGUAUAAUUUGAGCUGACUUGACGGUUAUGAGAAAUGUAUCAAGAGUUUUAUUUUUUAUGCUUCUUUAAUAAAGUCUUGUUUUUUGGUUUCAUUUUUUUACUGUAAAAAUUAAAAA